ACCGCAAUAUAUACCAUAGUCGCGUCGCGUAUGUACCAAUAUCUUCCAGUUUUUCUCUUCCACUCGUUACCUGAAAAAUAUCUGGUGCAAUAAGUCUGUAUUAUGUCUGGAAAGGGAAAAGCUGGCAAAUCGUCUUCGGGAAAGACUGGAGGUGACUCCAAAGCCCAAUCACGCUCAUCUAAAGCAGGCCUUCAAUUCCCCGUCGGUCGUAUUCAUCGUUUGUUGAAGAAGGGCAAUUAUGCCCAACGGGUUGGUGCCGGUGCUCCUGUAUAUCUGGCUGCUGUUCUCGAGUAUCUAGCAGCUGAGAUCCUCGAACUUGCGGGUAAUGCUGCGCGCGAUAACAAGAAACAACGUAUUGUUCCUCGUCAUCUGCAACUUGCCAUUCGUAAUGAUGAAGAGCUCAACAAGCUCCUCGGUGAUGUCGUGAUAAGCCAAGGUGGUGUUGUGCCUUUCAUUAACCCAGAGCUGCUGCCUUCAAAAUCGGCCAAGAGCAAAAAGGAGGGUGCUUCUCAGGAAGUGUAGAUCUUGUUUCUCCCUGUAUCAUUAGACUGGUAUUGUUGUAUUACGUUUGUUAAUCUAGCUUAGCAUCGACAAUAAAAUCACAAUUAUCGAUUUUGCACAGCG